AUGAAAGUGGGUUUGGUGGUAGUAUCCUUGUUGUUAUUAAGCUCUGUGAGCUCUGUGAUUCAUGAGAAUGAUGAUGAAGUUGACAAGAAGUUUGAUGACAAUUUUGAUGUAAUGUGGGCAGAGGACCAUGUUAAGACCUCCGAGAAUGGUCAUGUAUGGCACCUCACUCUUGAUCAGAUAUCAGGAUCUGGGUUCCAGUCCAAACAUAAGUACAGGUUUGGAUGGUUCAGCAUGAAGCUGAAGCUUGUGCAAGGGGACUCUGCAGAUGUGGUUACUUCUUAUUAUUGCAAAAUAGCUUUCAUGCAAAUGAAAAUUGCAGCUUUAAAGGCCGAUUCAACUUCAACUAUAAUUGAAGUUAGUAUGCUAAUAAAGGCUGAAUUGGACGGUCUUUCGUCUUGCUUUUCAAAUUCUGGAAGAGGAUACUCAUUUUAUUUUUACUUUUUGUAUUAUUUGGUCUUUUAUUGUCUGAAACAUUUCAAUCAAUUUGUACACAGCAGUGCUAUUCGUGGGUCUGUUGUUCAUGCAAUUUUUACGUUGUGGCACAAUAAUUUGACAGCAGAAUAG